AUGGCCUUGCCGGAGAUCCCCGACGAGCUCCUGGUGGAAAUCCUCCUCCGCCUCCCCACCGCAUCCGACCUCAUCCGCGCCACGGCCGCCUGCGUCUCCUUCCGCCACCUCGUUGUCGACCGCUGCUUCCUCCAACGCUUCCGCAGACUCCACCCACCGCCCCUCCUCGGCUUCCUCGACCAGCACGGCUUCCACCCCGCCCUACCGCCUCACCCCUCAGCGCCUGCGGCCCGCGCUGUCGCCAGCACCGCCGACUUCUCCUUCGCCUUCCUCCCCUCCCCUGCGCGGAGCUGGUCCGUACGGGACGUCCGCGACGGCCGCGUCCUCCUGGACAGACCCCGCCGUCACGGCUCCGGCAAGGGACGCAACGGCGCCCUCUUCGCGGAGAUGGCGGUGUGCGACCCCCUGCACCGGGAGUACCUCCUGCUCCCCCCAAUCCCCGAUGACCUAGCCGCUUCGGAUGAGAACCCACUGCGGAUAUAUGGACAGCGCUGGGGCGAGAGCUUUCUAGUCCCUGAUGGCGACGACGAGGAGACACCUCCUGCCGAGGAUACGGCGUUCAGAGUGAUCUGCCUAGCGCAGUACCAAACUAAGCUGGUGGCCUUUGUCUUCUUUUCCGGCACCGGACAGUGGCGAGACAUUCCAUCCCUGAGUUGGAUCAAUUUUAUACCUGACUUCUCGUCGGAAUGGAUGGGUAUUUCUUCGUGGCGGCAAUAUGCAUAUGGUUGCUUUUACUGGUUUGCAGGUUGGAGUGGAAAAUUUGCUGUGCUUGACACCCGAAGAAUGGAGUUCACCAUGGCUGACCGCCCACCCAGAGUUAGCGGUUUCCACAGUUAUAUGGGCAUUGUGGAGGCAGGGGAAGGCAUGAUUGGGAUGUUUGUGCCUGCACAUGACAAAGUUGGCCAUCAUGGACAUGACACAGUUCUCCUUAGAUAUACCGUUCGACGAAGCAAUGGUGGAAGUUCCACCCAGUGGCAGACGGAGAAGACAAUCUCAAUAGCUUCUGGCUCCUCAUUCAUGGGUUCAAUAGGGAGGCACUUGCUCCUGUAUCAGUGCGGAAACUCAUUGCUCGAGCUAGGUUGUUUCACGCUGGAUGUCAAAACUUUCCAGCUUGAGAGGGUAUGUAUUUCACGGCUCAUUCCUGCCGAGUCACGCGCAUAUUGCAACUUCCCACCAUCAUUAUUAUCGUCACCGAAAGUGUCAAGUGGUAAACUUUCUCUAGGAUGCUAG